CGAGAGCGCCGCCCUACCACCUUGCUUCCGCUUCCGCCUCCCUGGGCCGGGGUCGCCUCCGCCUCCUCGUCCUCCAUGGCUGCCGCGAUGUUCCGGAGCCUGCUGGUGUCCGCGGGCGGGUCCCGCGAGGCGACUCCUUCUUCUGCCGCCGCCCCCUCGCCCGCCCCGCCGCCGCCCCACCCGCCUGAGGCCGGCGCCGCGCUGGAGGCCCAGUUCAGCUGCCCCAUUUGCCUCGAGGUCUAUCAGCGCCCCGUGCGCAUCGCCCCCUGCAGGCACACGUGAGAGCCCAGGGGCCCUGGGGGGUGGGGGGGCACGCGCAGUCACGUCCGAGGGCGGACCGCUUGUAAACAUGGUGCCCGUCUUUCAGCAAGUGCAACGGGGGUUAGAGGAGGAGAUGGUGGGUCUGGUGGGGGAGCAUUGGAGGUGUCUGCCUGAUUUGGGGGAAAGCAGGAGAAGAUUUGAGGGGGCGACCGAGGGAGGAACUACAGGCGUGAGGAUGCUAAGGUAUAGAGCGAAGUGGGGUCUAGGUUGGGAGAAAGUAUGUUAGGGGGAUGAGGAGGUGAAUUUGUGGUGCAACAGUGACAUGGCAGUGUUGACCAAGAAUGAGACCUUGGGGCUGAAGCAGAUACCUUGUAACAGAUGUGGACCCUGUUGUGGGGAAGGUGAAUUUCAUACUAGGGAUAGCUAGGAAGGAGAUCAUAAACAAAACUGCUAGUAUCAUAGUGCAAAUUUGUGGCUGUUCUAGAAAGCAAGGAGGGUGCACUUGUGGAGAUGCUCUCUUAAAAAGAGAGUGGGGCUCCUGAAUCGUUGGCUCCCAUGAAUACUGGGAGAACUGGACCCACACCACCCUUUUCCUACAAUAUUGUUACUUGCUCUGUGUGAAAGGAAAGAUAAUGCUUAUUACAGAAAGUUCAGUAGAGGAUAACUAUGGAAUAGCCUUAUGAACUUUCACUGAGUUGUCUAUAUCUGUGAGAGUGAAAGUGGGGUAAUAUAAUCCUUUGAAUAACAUGAGCCUGCAGGAGUCUAUUGUGAGUCCUAACUCUGCUCCUGUGAACACAGAUCUUCAGGAGCUUUUUGAUACUGAAGCUUUUACCAGACAUUGCCAUGUGCAUGGCAGCCUCAAACUUUGAACACCCAAACCAUUGUGUAAUGAUAUAGUUACAUUGUGUAAUGAUAUAGUGAAUUUUAGCACUCCUGAAACUUGUCUGCUGAAACUGUUGGAUAUUUUCAGACCAGUUCUUGCAGUGAUUUUUUUCAGAGUUCUAAUGCUUGCAGUCUAAAUCUUCUAAAAGGUUUCAUAAGGAGGCAAAAACCUGCUCAGGAUCACCAUCUCCUGAGAAGAUAGAUUCUGUAUCUAGAGAAGAGAGCUGUAUCUUCAGUAGUAGUAAGAAGUCAAAAAGAUGCUGUGGCAUUAUGAAAACUAACAGAUGAGGUGGCUGAGAGGCAUAGCUCCAUGGUGGACCAUCUGCUUUCCAUGCAGAAGGCCCCCAGUUCAAUCCCUGACUCCUCAAGUUGAAAAGGAUCUUGGACAGAAUGUGUGGGGAAGACCUUGAAAGGCUAUUGCCUGCCUUCCCCAACCUAGUGUCCUCCAGAUGUUUUGGACUAUGACUCCCAUCAGCCCUAGCCAGCAUGGUGAAUGGUAAGGGGAGAUGGGAGUUGUAGUCCAAAACAUAUGGCUUGCACUAGAUUGGUGAAGGCUUCUCUAGAUGUUUUGGACUAUGACUCCCAUCAGCCCUAGCCAGCAUUGUUGUAUGAUCCUGGGGCUGAUGCAGAUUGUAAUCUGAACAUCUGAAUCAGGAGAAUCCCUGCAGUCCCUGGACUUGUGCCUGGACACAGUGGUGAGAUGGAUGAGGAAUAACUUAGACUGAAUUCUGACAAGACAGAGGCAUGGUUUCUGUGUCUGAGAAAUUGGUCAACUGCUAACCCUGGAUAGGCUUGCAUUUCCCCUGAAGGAGCAAGUUUGUAGUCUAGGGCAUGAUGCUUCUGGAUCCAGCUUGUCACUGGAAGUCCAGGUAGCCUCAGUGGCUAGAAGUGCCUUUUACUAGCUGUGAUUAGUAUGACAGCUGUACUUGCUCCUGGAUGAAGAAAGCUUGGUCAUGGUAGUUCAUGUGUUAGUUACUUGAAGACUGGAUUACUGUAAUUCGCUCUGUGUGUGGCUUCCCUUGCACUUGAUCUAGAAGCUGCAGUUAGUGCAGAAUGAUGCAGCACAAUUACAAUUACAGAAGUGAGAUUCUAUCAACCUGUUACACCUCAGCUCAUUACUUCAAGGUCUUACUUAUUGGCAUAUAAAGCCCUUAACAACUUGAGACCAGUUUACUUAUGAGAUCACAUUUCCCAUAUAUGCCCGCUUGACUGCUUCCAUCUGCAGAAUUGACACUAUUACAAUUGCAACAUAACACUCUGUUUUUAAAAGAUCUAUAUUUUAGUGUGGCAGCAGCUACACUUUGGGAGCUCCUGCCUGUUGACAUCAUGCAAAUGCCUUCACUGUACCCUUUUCAGCAUCCACAUGUGUUUUUAGCUUAUCAUUUAUUUUAAAUAACUUUUGAAUGUUUUAAAUAGUUGUUUUCAACACGUUUUUUCCUGAUACUUCUACUGUUUCAUUCUUUUUGUAAGCCAGUUCAAGGUCUUAUUACAAUCAAGCAAUAUAUAAAUCUAUUAAAAUUUAUUUGCUAGAUAUUCUUCAGCUGUAUCUCUCUUAGAGGAUGCUGCCACUAGAAAGGCAUUGUCCCUCAUCACCACCAAUUACACUUUGGUUGGCAGGGGACACUGAUUAUCUUAAUAACCAGACAUGCUCAAAGGAGCAGUUGGUUCUUUGUUCCCAAGUCCCAAGUUAUUGAGGGUUUUAUGGUUGUAAAGCCAGCAUUUUUAAUUGUUCUCAGAAAUAGAUAGGUAGCCAGUUCUGUUAACAGUCCCCAAUCCUUUCCCUCCUCACUUCUAAUCUUUGCUCACUAAUAUGGACUGGAAGCACUUCAGGUAGUGACUGUGCUGUUCCUGUAUUAUAUAAAAUCAGCUUGCCCUCCUGUGGCACAACACAAAGUUCACUUGUGGUAAUAGGGUUAACCACCCUUUUCUCCUGCACUCAGUGGUGGGAAAGGCCUCUGCCUUUUCGUUUGGUAUUGCCUAUUGUGAAAACUUCCGGAACAGAGAUGCUGAUGGGUAAGUGCAGAGCCGCAGCAGAGGUUUUCCCUUUAAAAGUUAGUCAAGAUAACCAAGAGGAAAGGAGUGGCUUUGAGGAAACUCACUUGGCAUAUGUCUAGUGGAGCAAGAGGGAGGGCAGAAGUAGAAAACUUACUUGCAGCUAGCUGCUAGCAUAAAGCUAAUGAAAUUUGCUGAAAGACCAGAGCAUUUGCAAGUGGGCUGGCAGGUUGUCCUUUCUGCCUCUUGGAUUCCCUUGCAUAGCCUCAAGCUCCCUUUUCCAGUACAGUGGUUAUUUUGCAGUUUCUUCCACCAACUGUAUGAGAGGUUCUGAUCCUGCAGGCAUAAAAGAACUUUAAAGUUGCCACGAUCCCUGAUCUCUGGCCUGUUUCUAAAAGCCACUCUCUGGCCCGAGGCUCUUUGAAUUACUGCUCAGAUUCCUGUAGCCUCUUAUUCCAAGUUCAGAGGCAGACAUUUCCUGAUGGAUGCACAAGAGUGCUCUUCAUGCACAAGAGUGCUCUUUGACUUCAUAGCACGUAGUGCUCAAUAGUUAUAAAGGGCAAGAGACAAUGAGCAGCUCAUCAAAAUUAGAUGCAUAAAUGACCGCAAUAGAUUUUUGUACCUCUGAGCAAGUGGUGUGUAGCAUUCCAGAGUAUGUACUGGUGCUCUGUAGUAUUCAGCAUACACUAGAAUGUUUUGCUUGUGAUACAGAAAGCUUCUUGCGUGCUUUAAGACUAGGCCAUCUUCUACCCUAUGCCCCAUAGGUGCUGGAAAUAGUCUGAGAACACCCUGCUAAUAAUUCUGUGUGGGGGCACUUCAUAAUCUAGGACAUACAGAAAGCUAAACUCUCAUUGGCAACUUCAUGUUUUCAGGAAUGUUUUUAUGUUUUUUGGCUGGAGAACUGUCAGCAUCUUAUCCUGGGAGAGGAAUCUGGCCAGCCUUUAUUGUUGAAUUUGCUGGUGAUAAGAGUUUGUAUGCCUGUACUACUCUUAGUGCUCUCAAGGCUUGCUGAGCAAAAUCAAGUCUCUGUUUCUUUUCCAGAUUCUGUGGGGAAUGCCUGCAGCCAUGCCUCCAAGUACCGUCUCCUCUCUGCCCACUCUGCCGCAUGCCCUUUGACCCCAAAAAGGUGGAGAAGGCCUCCAGUGUAGAGAAGCAGCUCUCCUCCUUCAAGGCUCCCUGCCGGGGCUGUAGCAAAAAGGUAAUUUCAUGAGCCACGUGGGCAAGGGCAAAUGCCAAGUUUAGAACCACAAGGAACUGGCUGGUUAAUUCCUCCCGCCCCCCCUCCCAGGUCACUUGAAAAUUGCUGAGAGUCUUUCUGCCUGUUAUAGCAAUUGUAAUGCACUGUGCUAGAUGCUGCAUGAUUUUUAAUUGUUUUUAUUGCUUCUUUUAUUAUUUACAUUGUAUUAUAGUUUGAAUUCCAUUGUAUUCAAAUUAUAAUAUAAGAAAGAAAGCAAUAAAAAUACAGUUAAAAAUCAACAUGAAACUUUAGUAAGGACAAGUCAUGGACUGGCUGAAUGAAGUUUACAAGUCUCAGUUGGAGGGCAUGUGGCUUGAGGUUUGGCGGCUGGAAGAACAGUUUGAGGUUCAGUUCAAAGUUCCUUUGCAACCUUAAAGCGGCCACCUUGCCCCUUUUCAAGUAGCAUAGAAGACAGUUUGAGUACAGAGUGAUACAGUUUGCUUAAUUAAUUAGUGUGUGAUAAUUACCCGGAAACCAAGCUUUUAUGUUAAGAGGAUACAGCACAUUCUUAGGAAGAAAAAUAGAGUCCUUUUGUCUCCAUUCCUCAUUUUACAGGUGACCCUCGCAAAGAUGAGAUCCCAUGUCACAUCCUGUACUAAGGUUCAGGAGCAGAUGGCCAACUGUCCAAAGUUUGUUCCUGUUGUCCCGACAUCCCAACCCAUUCCCAGGUAUCUUCACCCGUUGGACAAGGUGCUGCAUUCUGUUGGAGUGUUGGGCUGAUGAGGCUUGCAUGGAGAGAAAGUGGAUAGAUGGAGGAACCUUCUUAGACUGCCUUUCUGACCUAACCUGUGCUGACCUCUUAAAGUGCUAGACUGACAUUCUUAGGGUUGUUGACCUCAUUUCCUCACUCACCUCCUCUUCCUUGAUAUCUGCCACUUCUGGAGAAGAGAGGAGGAGAGACCUUUUGUCACUUUCUCCUGCAGAUAUCAAAGAGCAAGCAGGGCUCCUUUGCAUCUCCAGCUUAAUUAGGUGGAACUAGGAACUCUUUACCAUCCAGUUUGUAAUUCCUGUAAAAAACACAGCUUUCUUAUUUGCGCACCUAAUAUCUUGGUGAGAUUGCUUUGCCACUAAAAAAAAUCAUCAGCAAGUAUACCAUAUACAGCCAGCUUUUGAGCUGUGUGCUAACUCUGCAAGGUUAACCAAUAGUUUUGAAGCUGUCACGAGUGAGCCAUGCUGUCCGUGGGGGUUUUCUUUUGAAAGGGAGCAUUGGCAAGCACCCCACAGGUGCUGUUCUCCUGGGUGACCCUUCCAAAUUUCUGCUGUCUUUUCCAGCAAUAUCCCAAACCGGUCCACAUUUGUGUGUCCCUAUUGUGGAGCGCGGAACCUGGACCAGCAAGAGCUGGUGAAACACUGCAUGGAAAACCACCGCAACGACCCCAACAAAGUGGUGAGUGGCCAUGGAUCUAAAUGGAAAAGAGGCUGGGAAUUGUGCCCUCCCAUAUACAGGUUUGGGUUUGGGGGGGGCAGAAGCAGGAUGAAAGGCCAGUGUAGUGGUUUGCCCAUCCUGCCUAUGGCACAACUUGAGUUACCUGCUGCUUUAGGUUGUGAACUGCAGGCUGUUAAAUGCUGCUCUUCAGCUCCUCUGCUGAUGUAGAGCUAGAGGGGUAUAACUGUCCAGUGAACUGUGAGGUUUGUGCGCAUCUGAUUUGUUUCCUGGUGCGGAGUUGGUAGGUGCAUGUGCAUCCGCUCCCAGGCAUGGAGUGCUGUGCCAGUUUGUAGCUCAUUUAAUCUCUAUUCAGUUUCUCAAAUGGACAGAGGCAGUGCGGUGAUGCCUUUUCUGCAGCCAGAUAAAAGAGAGGAGAUAAGUGCCCUGGAGAGGGUCAUGUUGAGAGUUUAGGGUAGCAGUUCUGUUUUGAGGUCCACCUUCCAUCGGUCCAAAACUUAAAUUUGGAGAUCUGGUCAAUUUGGUACCAAUAGGUGUUUCCAAAGCAACCCAGGAUGGGGUGCAGGAAAGAAGCUUGUUGCUGUUUUUUAGUUGAUGUUGGUAUUGAUUAUUUUAAUUUUUUCAUGGUGGAGAGGGCUAUCAAUGGCUACUGGCCUUGAUGGCUAUGCUCUCCCUCCAUAAUCAGAGGCAGCAAUACUUCAGAAUAUCAGUUGCUGGAAACCACGGGAAGGGAAAGGGCUCUUGUGCUCAUGUUUUGCUUGCCGGUUUGACACCAGCAUCUGGUUGCCACUGUAACAACAGGAGGCUGGACUCGAUUGACCACUAGCCCAAUCUAGCAGGCUAUUCUUACAUUAUGUACUUAAUGCAUUUGAUUUGCGUAUGCAUAUUCAUUUGCCAGCUGCUUUUGAUGUUUGGGGUUCCAGAGAAAAGCAGGGUGUAAAUAUUUUUAAAAGAAAUAGUCUGAGCUCCUCAGGAGUCAUGUAUGGCAAAUGCCAGCACAGGAAAGGUCAUAGCUCAGUGGUAGGGCUUCUGUUUUGCAUGCAGAAGGUUGUUUGUUCAUUCACCAGGUAGAACUAGGAAUGUCCCCUGUUUGAAAUCCUAAGAACUUUUGCCAGUUAGUACUGAGGUAGUUCUACCAAUGGCUUGACUUUCUAAGACAGCUUCCUAAAAUUGGUAAAGGAACCCCAGGUGUGUGCUGUGGAAACUGGAGACUUUACAUCAGAACUUUUGUCGCCCUCCUAAGAAAACAUGGAAGCCUUUUCUGUCUGCAGUUAGGGUGUUUGCUGGAUAGCAAGGCAUGCAUUUGUCAUAUUUUCUGAGCAGAAGUCUACAGGCAGUGCAGCAAGCCUUGGAUAAUAGCUGAAACAGGAGAGGGAAGAGAUAGAAAUCAGGACCACCUCACUGCUACAGAUGAGAGACUAGCAGCUUCCGUUGAUUCCUUUCAAAGUUUUCCAUCCCAUCUGGUCAUCAGAACAACUUGUAACUAAGAACUUGUGCCUGAGUUUGCCUAUUUCCUCCCCCUUCUCAAUAGGUUUUCCUUUCGUAUUGUGAAUUUUUCGAUUCUAAGUUUGAGGGCAUGGACUUCUUCUCUAUUUUUAAUGAUUUGUAGGCUGCUUUGGGAACAUUUUUUGGUGGAAGAGUAGGACCAAAAAUAAUUAAUUAAACCCAUGGAAUAAAUUAUAGUGGUAUUAUUUCCCUAGGCACACAUGCACAUAUGUGUGUGGAUAUGUGAGAAACCUACAAAUCUCAUUGUUGAUUUAGUGUGCUACUUUGUUGCUUUAGAAUGGGCUAAUCUGGUUCUUUCCUUUUUAGUUGACAGUCCGCUUCUUCUCUUCCUCCUGCCCCUCUGUGUUCCAGGUAUGCCCAGUCUGUUCAGCCAUGCCUUGGGGUGACCCCAGUUAUAAGAGUGCCAACUUCCUACAGCAUCUUCUGCACAGGCACAAGUUCUCCUAUGACACAUUUGUGGUGGGUACCUACUGCCAAACUUACAUGGGGUGCAUUAGAUGGCGGUCAGGAGCCCUGGUGCUCAAUAUUGCCUUCUGUGGGUUGGCAAUUAGGACUCCCUUGUUGCUUGCUUUGAUGGUUUGCGGUUUUUGUUGUUAUUCUUUAAUAUGUUCUUCCUCGGGGGUCCUUUGGGCCUGGAAAGAGGGAGAAAAAUAUAAUCUUUGAUGAUAAUCAUGGACCAAACUGAUAUGGGAGGGGAUGGGGAUGCUGUUGUAUCAGAAAUUCCACCUUCCUCCCAUUUGAGAGCUCAAGUAGGUGUUCUUUCUACUCCACUCUUAUAAGGAGACUUCCCUUUUAAACAACUUAGACAUAAUUGUUGAGAUUGUAAUCUUGUCCCAAGCCUUUUAUUUUUUUUUUAAGUCAGUGUAGUGUUUAGAUUGCCACAUUGGGAAACCUGGAUUCGAAUCCAUGCGCAUUCAUGAAACUCAGUGGGUGAUCUUGGGCCAGUCUUUACCUUUCAGCCUGGCCUACCUCACAAGGUCGCUGAGAGGGUGGAAGGGAAGGGGGAGGAAUCAAGGACACUGCUCUGAGCGAUGUGGAGGAGGAGAGAGAAAAAAGGAAGUCUUUUGGUAAAGCAAUAUCGGGGACGGGGCUUGGAGCAGGGAGGGAAAUGCUUCCAUUUGGUUCCCUGCAAUGGUUCUGUCCUCAUUUCCAGGACUACAGCAUCGAUGAAGAAGCAGCACUGCAAGCGGCGCUGGCACUCUCCCUCUCCGAGAACUGAGGGCAACUGCCAUGUGGUGGAUCGGGACUGUUCGGGGCUCUUGCUGACCUUUCCCCACACAGUGGGGAGGCACAACCCCUCACCCUUCCCUCGGCCUCCAUCUAACAAGUAGGCAGCCCAUUCCCUCGGCUCCUCUCCUGCCUUCUUCUGCCAGGUGGAACCUUCCUUCAUUUUUCGGAGCUCAGAGGUGAGGGGAUUCGAUGUAGGCGCUUGAACAGGAAAAUGCAGCGGGGGACCCUGGCCUCGCCCACUUCGAACUGUCGUUUGGGCCCACUUCGUACUUCCGGUUGGACAUUCCAUAUGUAACUUCAGCGCAGAGGGUAUAUUUUAUUAAGAUGCUUUUACUAAGAUUUUAGCACUGUUGGCCCUCAUCCUGUUUGCGGUUUAUAUAGCAACAACGCAUUUUGUGGGGAACUCUGUAGUUUAAACCUUUUUUUAAAAAAAAGAAAUAUCGCCUGUGGUUUUUGUUAAGUCAUUUGGGGUUUUUUAACUAUUAUUUAAAAGAAGAACAAGAAGCAUGGGACACAGGCACUUUGUAGGACUAUUUAUUACGCCCUUGGGGAGCAAAUUGCUUACCACUCAGCCAUUGCAACAGAGGCAGCAAACGCUGGGAGUGCAUGGAAAUGCCAAAGAAAGGCAUUUCAAAAGGACCCAGAAUCCCCAAGUCAGGUUAGGAAGCCAUUCCUAGCCACAUGCAUCUUUCUCUCCCUUUCCCUUCUGCACCCCCUCCCCCCAAAAAAACUCUUCCUCAUUUUGUACCGGCUUUGUGAUAACUCUACAUGCAGCCUUUCCCAGCCCGGUGUAUUCCAGGUGAUUUGGAUCACAGUCCCCAUCAGCACCAGCUGGGAGUUGUAGUCCAAAACUCCUGGGAGCCACCAUGCUGCCUGAGGCUGCCAUGCAGGUAUGUCUGUGGGGGAUUUUUUUCUACAUCUAUCGGUGUGACAAUACUCUUUUCACAUUUUAUAGAGAGAAAAACAAAACAGUUAACUGUUGAUACUGCAAUAUCUGUGUUUGACUAGGAACAAUAGUAUUUUUAUGGAGCAUUAUUUUUUAAAGUAUAUUUUUUAAAGAAAAAAGAGGUAUGUAUUCAAGAAUUUCAGGGUGGGGGUGGGGGGCAUGCCAGAACCUGGAGUGGAGAAGGGGCUUCCUUUCAUUAACACUGGAGCAAUCAGACUAUUGUCGUCGUCUUGUUUUUCAAUAUUUCUCUUCUCUUCCCCCCCACCCCCCACAAAAAAAGGAAAAAGAUCUUUGUUGAAAUGACCUUUCUGGGUUUCCUUUUCUCCAAGUAACAAUCCUUUCUUUUUAGAAGCUAGAGGGGGAGAGAGCAACUUGUGCGGCCAUUUCAGGUUGUCAUAAGCUGUUACACGCCACAAGGUACUACAAGGUUUUAUCAUCCAGGUAUCAUGAUAAUGGAUCAGCAGGUCCAAAGUAGACUUGAAAGAAAUAAAAGCUGUGAAUAAGCUACAGUA